AUGGAUGAGAUUAUCCCAGGUCUAUGGCUUGGACCUAUGCCAUUUGCAGAAAAUAUUUCAGUCUUAAAAAGAAAUGGAAUAAUGUCAAUUUUAACAUUAGAUAUCCUGCCAUUAGACUGCAAUGUAUUCAAAGGAUUUAACAUGAAGUUCUUAUAUCUGCGUGACGAGCCAUCCCAGGAUUUGCUGGAAAUUCUUGAAGAUGCUUUAAGUUUUAUUGAUGAAAGUAUAAAAAAUAACUCAAAUAUUUUGGUUCAUUGUGCUAUGGGUGUAUCUCGCAGCGCCAGUGUUGUAAUCGCCUACCUUAUGCGUCAAAAUCAUUUAUCCUAUGAAGAGGCUUAUAAUAUUGUUUCAAGGAAACGGAGUAUUUUUCCCAAUAAUGGAUUUAUUAAUCAGUUAAAGUUGUUUCAUACUAUGAAGUGGACGGUCAACCGUGAUUCUCCAUUAUUUCAACAAUAUAUGACGAAAAGAACCUUCUCAGUUUUUACGGAUUAUAAUGGUGAUCUUUUAGAAAGUCAAACAGUCUAUCAGUUGCACAACACACCUUCAAGUUUUAGAUGUAAAAAAUGCAGACAAGUGUUAUUCAAUUCGAAUCAGUUACGCAUUCAUCAAAAACCGGAGACAACACCUAAUCCUCUUAUAAAUUCUACAAAAUCCAAGAACACUGAUAACGUAUCUAGUGUCCUAAUCAAAGGUGUUUCACUAAAUAACUCUCCUUUACAAUGUGAUAAAAAUGAAUUGUUUUGUGACCCAUUGGAAUGGACAUUGCACAGUACUAGUGAUGUUCAAGGAAAGCUUUAUUGUCCUGGAUGCAACGCUAAAGUUGGCUCUUUCAAUUGGUGUGGCGAACCAUGUGUAUGUGGCACAUGGGUAGUUCCAGCAUUUCAUUUCAAUCGUAAUCACAUUGAUCGUGUACCAAUACGUUCGAGAAAUGUGAUUACUAUUCCAUCGAAGCCUGUAGAAGACAACAAUUCCUUCGUUACGAAUACCGAUAUGAAUCAAUCAUAA